AUGGCUCGAUAUUUCGGCUUGGACAGAAUUUUCACCUUUUUGAAUACGAUAAAAGAGGCAGGUGGAAUUAGGGCCUCUCUCUAUAAACUAUACAGAAUGGACAAUUUGAGACCUGGACAACUAGUAGGAACUGAUAAGUACGGCAACAAGUACUAUCAGAAUCCUAGCUAUUUUUAUGGAAGAAACAGGUGGAUAGAAUAUGCACCUUACUAUGGUAUGGAAUAUGAUGGUAGCCAAGUACCAGCAGAGUGGUAUGGCUGGUUGCACUACAAAACUGAUUUAACCCCUGACCAAGACCCAUCAAGGCCAAAAUAUAAAUGGAUGUUGGACCAUACUGAGAAUUUGAGUGGUACCCCUGGACAGUACAUGCCCUAUUCAACAACCAGGCCCAAAAUUGAACCUUGGAUUCCGGGAAGAAAGUGA